AUGGGCAUCCCCAGAAGCAAGGGAACCCGGGAAAAGUGAAAGGUCCGUCAGGCCCACGCCCAGGUCAGUGUCAAGGUGUCUCCCAAGGACUCUGGGAUGGAAAUAGCAGAAGAGCCCUCUGAAAUGCAGGUCCAAGACCAGAGACUCCUGCUCACGCUGAGGCAUCUCCAGAGUAUCCUGGAGGAGCUGCGCGCUGAGAGUGCCCACUGGGAGGAUGCCAGGUCCAGUGGAGGGUCCUCCCCUAUCAGAGCUCGAGCAGGCUCUGAAGGCAGGGGCCACCAGCCUCUCUCCUUGAGAGGGCUGGCCCACCUCCUCCGAGGAGAAGACAGCAGACGAAGCUCCCUUCCUUAA